CUGUCCGAGCCAGCCACCAGUGGUGGUUGUCAGGGCUAUGUGCAUGCAAAUCAAUGGGUGACUCGGAAGCGAUCCAUGAAUGCCUUCAGGCAGCUCAAAGCAAAGAUAUAUCUUUCCGUGGUCCCUUAAGUGGAUCUUCCGCAAUCAAUCGUCUUACCUUUACAUUUGUCAGUCGGUCUAGGUGUUCAUCAUUCUUCUAGCUGUCGACACUCAGCCCUGCAGCAUGGCCGAAGCCCUGAAUAAGAGAAAGCCACCACCACGACCGCUGAAACGCUCGUCUCUGAGCGGCAAUCAGGUAUUGUUAGUCAAUGACGGACUGCCGCAUGAGUCAUAUCAAUCAUCAGAACCUGAUAUGAUCCGGAACCUCGAUAAUGUUGUUCGGCUUCAGCCAAAACGUGACAUGACGGAGCUCAUUAAAGCCGACGAUACUCCGCUCGAAGCAAUUCACUAUGCCAAGACAGCCUCAGAAUCGGUCAAAGAAGACAUACCAUCUUUCGAUCACAAUCGUCCGCGCAGUCGCUCUGAUACUAGCAAGGACGGAGAAAUCCUUGACAGCACGCCUUUGGCCGUUGAGAGUCCCGGUCUCCCUAGUAGCCAAGCUGUCGAGGGCCAAGAUGUAGAUAAAGGAUCUAUCGAAGGCCAGCCUGUCGCUGACAAAGAUGGCGAAGCUCUUGACAGAGAAUAUAACGUCCCUAGCGACGACAACUUCAGAGAGAAGCUAAUGAACGCACCUGAGGUAGGGAAGACAUCGGAACGCCAACCAUGCAUACCUCAGCUCAGGAGGGUCGACUGGUACAACUUCAAGAACAAGUGGAUUGAAGAAAGAAAACACGCCAUUGAGGUAUUGCGCGGCCCAGCCAAGCACUAUCAGGAUCGAAACAGAGAGACAAAGAGAGUGGAAAAGCUGAAGAAAGCAGGCAACAAUCCUGCUCGAUCGCUGUCGGAAGAGGGGUAUGACAUUUCGCCGCCACAGGACGCACCAGAACGGAUCAGGAUCAACUCGGUCCCUAUCCUUGCUGUGAUUGAAGAUCUCGACCCUAUCACAUACCGGCUUGAAUUGAACCCCACCUUACCUACCACAAUGUUGAGGCCGUAUAUGCGUUUGAUCCGUAUGGAAGACAUGUUGAUGAAUCACCUAUCUGACUUGGAGACCAAAUGGGCUGUUGCAGAGAGCGAAGAAUUGAAGCGCAAGGCAGACUCCACAUUCGACAUCACCAACGAUGAGCGAGCCGCCCCUAAGACACCACAGUUGGCGAAAGAGGAUAGCAUCCACUCUUUGCCAGCUUCAGCUCUGAGCCUCUCACCUACUACCAAAGAGUCCGCCCAGAACGAAAAAGACAAGCAAGAUCAUUCAACCUUCACUACUUCAGACCCACUUACUGAUAGCAUCGAGGCUUUGCGAGACCUCCGAUGCCUGAAGCAAUUUUUCGAGCUGUACAUCCACCCUACAGUCGACCGCUUUCGAAGUAAGACAGCACGCAAAGUGAGGUUCGCAGAUCUCUGGUAUCUCUUCCCAUAUGGCGAAGAAAUAUUCCUUGCUUCCGCUCUUGGAGCCGAGGCAAGAUCAUCAUUCACUCAGACCGCAGAAUCCGGUGCUUACCAGAGUGUCUUUCGAGUCUAUGAUCACUCAGGAGGGAGACUACGGCUCUCUAAUCCUGACGAUGAUGAAGACGAGUCCAACAACAACUUUCAAACGCCAUCCGCCAUGGUCCGUAUUGAUCCAUUCCAUAUAAUGUGUUACCACAUUGACUGGGACUCCAAGUCACACUCACCGGUGUAUCAUAAAAUUCAAAUCAAACCGUUCGAAGGCGAACGUGACAUAACCAGCCUGGACGUCUAUCCCACCAAGUAUCAUAAAGACUUCGAGCCUAUUCGGCAGCAACUACUCACUCGCGGCCACAAGUUCCUAAAGCUCACGAAGCCAACUCACAUGAGAUAUUAUGGUCGAACCUACGACUCGCAUCCUUGUGGCGACAAUAGCAGUCACUCCCUCUCGGCGACUUCCUUCGUCGAGAGUGAGGUUAUGGUUGAUUUUGAGCAAAGCCCUCGAGGUUGGCAACCAAACUUUGGCCUCGACGAGUUCUUGAUUUACGAAAUUGACAACGUGGAUGAUUGGCCCGUAACUUUCUGGCAAGACAAAGAACACAACCUGAAUCCUAUUUUUCUCGCAGAAUUCGUUUUCAUGGAGCCGGAAGAUACAAAUUGGCUACGUGAGCGCGCCAGAGACCAAAACGGUUUUUUGCGUGAUUGGAAUCUGUACCAAGCGGGUCAUCGCACAGAGCCUAUCCAAACCCUUGAAAGCGAUGAUGAUUUGGUCUUACUGCCGAGCCGAGUCAUGGGGUACAGUUAUCGCGACCGUACGUUCAACGCCUUCAACAUUGACCAUCUAGAGCUUGUCACGCCAAAAAGUGAAGGUUUUGAUGGCCUAGCCCUUCCAAAGGGCCAUCAAAUGAUGGUGGAGGCUCUGGUUAAAGAACACUUUAUCAAAAAGGAAGCCUACGAGAAGCAUGGAAGAUCCGCUCCGGGGAUGGACAUGAUCUCUGGAAAGGGAAGAGGCCUCAUCAUGCUAUUGCAUGGAUAUCCCGGCGUUGGCAAGACCUCGACUGCAGAGUGCGUGGCACAAUCAACUGGCCGACCCUUGUUUUCGAUCACUUGUGGGGAUCUCGGAUUAGAUCCCGUGCAGGUCGAAACAUCUCUGAACGACAAGUUUCGCCUUGCCGCCAAGUGGAACUGUGUGUUGCUCCUGGACGAAGCAGAUGUUUUUCUGGCGAGGCGAGAGUCGCGAGACAAGGAUAGCUUGGAGAGAAAUGCUCUCGUGUCUGUCUUCUUGCGUGUACUUGAGUACUACGAAGGGAUACUCAUCCUCACUACUAACCGAGUCGGCACGUUUGACGAUGCCUUCAAAUCGCGUAUUCAUGUUAGUCUCCACUACCCGCCAUUGAAGAAGGCACAGACAAUCAAAAUCUGGGAAAAGAAUCUCAUCCGUCUCAAAAAGAUUGAGGAAGCGCGCGCCGAGAUGACAGGUAAUCAGCGCCUGGUCGUCCAAGACCGCGAAAUUCUCGCCUAUGCCGCACAGCACUACAUGGAACACAAAGAGUCUGCUGUCGGUUUAUGGAAUGGCAGACAGAUUCGCAACGCUUUCCAGACUGCGGCAGCCUUGGCUUAUCACAAUGCGGACGAAAACAUCCCCAUCCUGUCACCUCAGCUGUUCAGAGAUGUUGCCAAGACGACCGACGAGUUUGACCAAUAUGUCUUCGAUUUGAACGGCCAAAAGGACGAAGCGCAGCGGGCCUAUGAUCGGAUGGAACGUGUCGACAAUCUGAGGAAGGAGACCGACAAACGAAGCAGAGGUACCCAUUUAACGCGGGCCCCGAUGACUCCGGUACCCGACCCGCGUGACAGGUUCUUCUCGGACAAUGGGCGCCAGAACGUUCGAAUCAAGCUCGAGGAUAGCGGGUACAAGAGUCGUGAGGGUUUGGUGAACAUGACUUCUGAGCAUGCAGUGUUGACAUCCUCGGCUAGUUCUUCUCAGGUCCUCACCGAUACUGCACGCAUGACCGAAAGUGUUUAUACGUCGUCUGGAGCCGCGAUGCACGCAUCCUCGCCAAAUAUUGCUUCGAGGACUACUCGAGUACCAAUGAAGAAUGAUGGUCAACGAUAUAACGAGAUGAAUGAUACUGAGAACGAGGAGGACGAGGACGAGGAUGAAGAUGAAUAAUAUUGAUCAGUCUUUGGUUCAGACUACAUUUCCUUACACACACUCAUUGAAUGCUGGCGUUUCCUUACACACACUCAUUGGAUGCUGGCAUUUCUUUACACACACUCAUUGGAUCCUGU